AGGUGUACGGUGAACAGUGGCAUUAAAUGUUUUCUUUAACAUAAAGUUUUCUUGGGAAACUCCUAAAAAAUAUAAACAUUUUUUUAACUUCAUUAAUAUUAGAAUAUUUAUUUUGUAGAUAAGUAGUGUGUAAUACUUAAUAUAAUUUACCGCUAUGGCUGAAUAUUUAGCCUCGAUUUUCGGUACCGAAAAAGACAAAGUAAAUUGUUCAUUUUAUUUUAAAAUAGGAGCUUGCAGACAUGGUGACAGGUGCUCUCGAAUCCAUAACAAACCCACAUUUUCUCAAACAUGCCUUCUACAAAAUCUAUAUGUAAAUCCUCAAAACUCUGCUAAAUCCGCAGACGGAAGUCAUUUGGUUGCUAAUGUAUCUGACGAGGAAAUGCAAGAGCAUUAUGACAACUUUUUUGAAGAUGUCUUUGUAGAGUGUGAAGAUAAAUAUGGUGAAAUUGAAGAAAUGAAUGUUUGCGAUAACUUAGGAGAUCACCUAGUAGGAAAUGUGUAUAUCAAGUUUCGCAGGGAAGAAGAUGCUGAAAAAGCUGUAAAUGAUUUGAACAAUCGUUGGUUUGGUGGAAGACCUGUAUAUGCUGAGUUGAGCCCUGUAACUGAUUUUAGAGAAGCCUGUUGUCGUCAGUAUGAGAUGGGGGAAUGCACAAGAUCCGGUUUCUGCAAUUUCAUGCACUUGAAACCAAUCUCUCGAGAGUUGAGAAGAUAUUUGUAUUCUAGAAGGAAGGGUGGUAGAAGUGGUGGAGGAAUAGGAGGAGGUAGAUCAAGGUCUCGCUCUCCAAGACGUGCGCGUUCACGUUCCAGGGAAAGAAGAAGUUCCAGAUCUCCAAAACAUCGCUCUGGUCGCAGCGGCCGAUACUGAUUUUUAAUCCAUUAUAUAAGUAUAUGUAUCUUAUAACGUAUUUUUUUUAAUUUCCAUUUCAUAAUAAACUGAAGUAGAUUGGAAUUUAGUAUUAAGUAAAAAUGAAAUCAUUCUUGGCUUUUUAGGUUAAAUGUAUUUUUGAGUGUGACUGAAUAUACAUUUCUUUAAUAAAUCGUCUUAAUAGUUUCGA